AUGGCCGCCCUCAUCGCCGAGAACUUCCGCUUCCUCUCCUUGUUCUUCAAGAGCAAAGAUGUGAUGAUCUUCAAUGGUUUGGUGGCCCUGGGCACGGUGGGGAGCGAAGAGCUCUUCUCAGUCGUUGCCUUCAACUGCCCCUGCUCCCCUGCACGCAACUACAUCUAUGGGCUGGCCGCCAUUGGUGUCCCAGCCCUGGCCCUCUUCCUCAUCGGCGUCAUCUGGAACAACCACACCUGGAACCUGGUGGCCGAGUGCCACAAGCGUGGCAUCAAGAAUUUCUCUGCUGCCGCCACCUUCCUCCUGUUUGGCUCCAUCAUGGGCCGGGCGGCCGUGGCGCCUGUCACCUGGUCAGUCAUCUCGCUGCUGCGCGGGGAGGCUUACAUCUGUGCCCUCAGUGAGUUUGUCAAGCCGUCCUCCCUGGACAAGUUCCCAGCCGAGUAUGGGGCUGAGGUGCUGGCCAGGUUCCCCUGUAAAGACAUGCCAGCAAACCUCACCAAGUUCAGGGAUGAGGUGACACGGAGGCUGAGAUACGAGUCCCAGCUCUUUGGCUGGCUGCUCAUCGGCAUCGUGGCGGUCCUGGUUUUCCUCACCAAGUGCCUGAAGCACUGCUGCUCGCCGCUGAGCUACCGGCAGGAGGCUUACUGGGCCCAAUACAAGCUCUCCCGACGCACGGCCGAGGUCCACUCCAGGAUCCUGGCUGCCAAGAACGUGAAGCACUUCUUUGGCUUUGUGGCACUGGACAAGGAGGAGAAGGAGCUGGUGCAGGAGUUCCCAGUGGAGGGUGUCCAGCCAAGCCCCCAGUGGAAUGCCAUCACAGGCGUCUACAUCUACCGGGAGAACAAGGGCUUCCCCCUCUACAGCCGGCUCCACAAAUGGGCCAAAGGGGUGGAAGGGAAUGGGCCAAGCCCAGAAGGCCACGAAAUGCUCUUUUUGGCUUCCUAG